UACGCUCUACAUGAUUGCAUGUGGAUGGUGCUUGAGGAUGGACCCUUGAAAAUCCAAAUGGAGAAUCCUGAGAGGAAUCCAGCAACUCCAGACGUAGUCCAGUACAUUCCAAAGCCCAAGGAAAAAUGGGAUGAUAGAGAUUGCAAAAAGCACAAUCUGGAUAACGUCGCCAAAGCAGCCAUCUUCAAGACACUUGACCCCAUCACCUUCUCCAAAAUUAAGCACCUCAAGACUGCCAUGGAGAUAUGGCAAGGUCUUGGGAAGCUAUGUGAGGGUUCAGAGGACUUGAGAACGCAGAAGAUAGAAGUCCUGCUUGAGAAGUUCAAAGGCUUCAAAAUGCUUCUCGGAGAAUCAUUUGAUAUGCUGGAUGAAAGAUUCCACAAAAUCUUGAAUGAUCUUGCAUCACUUAACCACGUUCUUUCUCCCAAAGAAAAGAAUGUAAGGUUGCUGAGAUCUCUUCCAACUGAGUGGUACACCAAGGCCACAGCCAUGGAAGAAGGAAGAAAUCUGGAGAACUACACUGUUCAAGGUCUUCUUGAUGAGCUCAGAACCUAUGAGCACGAGCUGAAGAAGAAGAAGGAAGAACAAGUCAUUCCCUUCCCCACGGCACUGAUGACAGCUCCAAGAGUCCCACUAAGUGAAGGGACAUGCACAAGCAACUGUGACACACCUUCCUCCAGCCAGCCGUCAAGCUCAAAGAUGGAGAACUACGAUGAGGAGUUUGCCAUGAUGGUCAAACAAUUCCGAAAGUUCAAGAAGUUCUUCAAGAAAGCUGACUCAGUCAGAAGGCCAUCCAAGGGAAAGCCACAGGUAAGUGACUCUCCUCCUGAAUCUUAUUUGUGUUACAACUGCAGGAAGCCUGGCCACUGGAAGUCAGCGUGCCCGUACCCAAAAGUGGUGAAGUACGGAGAAAGAGAAAGGACCGAGAAGAAAAAGAAGGCAAUGGUUGCUGCUGAAAGUGACGAGUCAUCCAGCUCAAGCUCGGAUGAAGAAGCUCUCUUCAAGAAGAUGAUGAAAGACUUUGAGGAAAUAAAUCUCAAACAUUCUUCCUUAACAGAAGAGAACAAACUAUUGAGUGAAGAGAAUCUCAAGUUGACUGAAGGUCGGAAAAGUCAACUGAAUGAGAUCACUCAACUCAAGACUGAAAAUGAAUCUCUCUCUGAAAAGGUGAAAUCCCUUAACAAAGAACUAGGGACUCUUAAGUCCAAAGAAGCAGUGGAUAAGCUUCUUGAAACGACCAAACAUAAGGGUCGUGAAGGACUUGGGUUUGACUCCUCUAGCUCUAAAAGAAAAACAACUUUCAUCCCUCCUAAACCUACUGCUAAACCAAAUAAGCAGAAAGGGAAGGAAAAGGAAAAACCAACAGAAGUUUCCAAAAAGGAAGCCACUAAGUACCCAGGUGUCUGGUACUUAGACAGUGGCUGUUCAAGACACAUGACGGGUGAUAUGAGCCUUUUGAGCAAUCUAAUUCCCUAUGAUGGUCCAAGAGUUACUUUUGGAGGAAGCAAUGAUUUCGGCCUUACUAAAGGGCUAGGAAAUCUGGUGUACAAGGGACUAACCAUCCAAGCUGUAUCUUAUGUUGAAGGGCUCAAUUACAACCUUCUUAGCAUAAGUCAGUUUUGGGAUAAAGCAAAGAAAGCAGAUCUGAACAACGAUUACAAGUUGAUUAUGGAACUGGUCAUCGCCUGCCUCGAAUGUGGGAGUGGAGGUCAUGCCGAUGACAUCACCCAGGAGAGAGCCUUCAUCAUCAACGCUCUCAUUACCAAAACUAAGGUAAACUGGGCUGCACACUUUUUCAAUUCCAUCUCAAAGCAUUUGGGAAAGCCCAACCAGAAAUAUCUUUGUCAAGGACUAUACCUUGGACAUAUCUUGGAGUCUAUGGGUAUUGCUUCUAAAGGAAAGAAGUAUAGAGAAAGAUACUGGCUAUACUACUUAUCCUCCAAAGGAGAAAACAGAGCUGGCACUAGUGCCACUGCUGAGGAAAGCUCUUCCGAUAAUGUCCCACUCAUCCAUAUGACGAAGACUGCCAAAAGGAAGCAAGUGGUGUCUCCCUCCAUCAGCAUUGAAGCACCACAGAACCUUGCGUUGAUCAAUUUGGAAGAAGAAGAAGAAGUCUCUGACCAUGGAGAACUUCAAAGGAAGAAGAAGAGAAAGAUCAACUCUUCAUCAACAUCUAAAAAUGUCAAUUCGGAUGAGUUGAAGGAGAAGGAAACUGCUGAGGAAACCUCUAUUCAAAACCGAAGCCCUCAACAAUUUGAAGAAGAAAUCCCUCAAGUCUAAAGCCUUCCAACCUCAUCUCAGCCUCAUACAGAUGAUGCUGACAACAAAUUCUGGCAGCUCUACUAUAAUUGGAGAGCUUGGAAAGUUGGAAAUUCAGAAGAGCAACUGUUGGAUUGGGACCAACAGCUGAAGAAUGAAAAGAUUAUCAAGAAAUGCCUAGGACUACCAGUCAACCACUGCUGUGAAGACAUCUUGGAUGACUACUGGGGUUUUCGGCCAUUAUAUUUCUAGUGAGAGAAAAUUUCUUUUAUGUUCUAUUAAUAUCAUUUUGUGUAUAGAAAAUAUCUAUAAUAUUUUCUAAAUAUUAUUAGAAAUAUUUUCUAUAAGAAAUAUACAAGAUUAUUAUUAUCCCAAUUUUAAUCUUUAUAUUUUAUACUACUAUAAUCUUUACUAGCAUAAAGAUUGUGGUAGACUCCGGCGUUGUUCGUGUGUCAAAGUUGGAGACCGGACGCUUGAACGGUUACGUUUGCACUUUCAACGCUCUUCCUACGACUUCUUCGUUUUUACCGCUUACGGAGAAAGGUAUAAAUUUCUUACUCACUA